AUGGGAGGAGGCGCAGCCUGGCAAAGAUGCAAAUUUUGCGGUCCUUCGUGGUUUUUAGGGGUUCUCUGGGGGGCAGCCCAAUUUAAGCUCCAUAACUCAGACCGCAGUGUGAAAGAAAUUAGUUCUGCCGAGGGAGUUGCUCCUCUUUCCUAUCGAGCGUGGGAAUCGCAGACUUGA